AUGCCGGUCGAUCGGCACGCCCAGUCUGGCGACGGCCGCCACGGCGUUUUAGCUACGCGAGAAAAGAGCUCUGCGCCGGCUACCCCCUCGCGCAGGGAAAAGAUACGGGAAAGCUCUGCGCAUCAAGACCCCAUGCUCAAGGAUUAUCGCCUUGGGGAGUGCAUAGGCAAAGGUGCAUUCGGCUCUGUUUACAAGGCCUUUAACUGGAACACUGGCGAGGCCGUCGCCGUCAAGCAAAUAAAGCUUGGAGACUUGCCAAAGAGCGAGCUGCGCAUGAUCGAGCAUGAUAAUAUUGUAAAGUACAUCGGCUUCGUCAAAUCUACCAACUGCCUCAACAUCAUCCUCGAAUACUGCGAGAAUGGUUCUCUUCACUCGAUAUGCAAAUCCUACGGCAAGUUUCCAGAAAACCUUGUUGGCGUGUAUAUGACGCAGGUUCUCAAAGGUCUUCAGUACCUGCACGACCAGGGUGUAAUUCAUCGUGAUAUCAAAGGUGCAAAUAUCCUCACAACUAAAGAUGGCACCGUCAAAUUGGCAGACUUCGGUGUUUCGACGAGCACCUUAGCAGGUGGUCAGGACAAGGAAGCUCAAGUUGUCGGCACUCCCUACUGGAUGGCUCCCGAAAUCAUCCAGCUUUCCGGUGCCAGCUCCGCUUCCGACAUCUGGAGUGUUGGCUGCACCGUCAUUGAAUUGCUCCAAGGAAGGCCGCCCUACCAUAACCUAGCAGCCAUGCCUGCACUCUUUGCCAUUGUUAACGACGACCACCCUCCUUUACCCGAAGGCAUAUCCGCCGCUGCCCGAGAUUUUCUUAUGCAAUGCUUCCAAAAAGACCCCAACUUGCGAGUUACAGCAAGAAAGCUAAUGAAGCAUGCUUGGAUUAUUGGCUGCCGCCGAGCCGAUGCACCAGUCACCAAGCCGCCUGCCAACUUUAAUGAAGCCGUUGAAGAAGUUAAGCAGUGGAACAAAGCCCUAAACUCCUCGGAAACUCAUCUACGAACUUCGACCGGCUCAGACGCUACUCCGGCUUUACGAUUCCCCGGGGGCACCCCCGCCAAGGGGCCGCUGUCACUCCAAAAGUCGAAAUUCGGUGUUCAAGCAUUCAAGACGCCUGAGCUCGCCGACAACGAUAACUGGGACAAUGAUUUUGAUACUACAAUUUCUCCAAGUGCGCUCCAGCUGCCACAUCUUCGAACCCAAGAUAACUUUGGCGGAAUGCUCUCUAGCGAUCGCCUCAAGGCUUUCGCAUCUGCGAACGAUUUACGAAAUGAUAUUAGUUAUGAUGAUGACUUCGAGGGCGAGCUACUUACGAUCAAAGGCCCCUCACAACACGACCUGGAUCUGCAACAGCAGACCAUUCGACCAAUCUCCAAGGCUGCAGCACAAGCUGCCGAACCCAGGAGGCAUACCCGACAAAGGUCUAUUCCUACCCAUACUGCAGAUUCUUCUAUACAGCCUACACGAUCUCCUUCCAAGGCUCAUUUUGGGAACAAAUUCGAGCUGCCAACACGACACGACGUUGCCUUCCGCGAGCAAAGCGCCGAAGACUUUUCCGAUGUGUUUAUAGAAAACGAUCAUGUGUUCGACCAAAAAGUCAACCAAGUGAAGAAGGGUAUUCGUGGUCCGGACUCGCCCCAGCUGUUUCAUCCAUCGGAUCUUACAAGCCUUCCACGCUCCAUGCUCGCCCCCGAUGGCGGCAGUAUCAAGAAAAAGGCCGCUACUAGGCCUUCGGUCCUACCUGAUCGGCCAAUGCGACGCACUCGAUCUUCCGUGGAAAUUCAGAAAUUCGCUGAAGACGACGACGAAGACUUCUCAGAUGUGUUUGGCCCCGAGAGCUCCAUCGCUACAAAACCAGUGAGCGAACGUGGCUCGGAGGAUGGCGGCUUGAUGCUACUGUCCAAGGUGUCAAGCAACUCCUGGCUUGGUGACGACGAGGAUGAAGAUGACCCAUUUGCAGCCAUGGAUCCGGGUUGGGAUGAGAUGGACUUGGAAGCAAACAUUGCUCGUGACAGACACGCGCGGCUAGCAGAGAGGGUGGAAGACUUGGUCCGGUCUCUCACAAUGGAGCAAGGUGAAAAAACUCUGACUGAAAUUGCAGAGGAUUUGCUCGCUCUUUUAUGGGAGAAUGCGGAAGCCAAGAAUCUCGUCAUCAGCGCCCACGGUCUCCUCCCUAUUCUUGAAAUUCUGGAACCUUGCACUGUCAAGAGCAAGCAGUAUAUGAUCCUGCAGCUUCUCAAAGUUGUCAACGCCAUUAUUCUAGACGAUGUCGAGAUCCAAGAAAACCUCUGCUUCGUCGGCGGCAUGCCCAUCAUUACAAAAUUUGCUGCCCGCCAGUACUCGGACGAAAUUCGACUGGAAGCUGCGGCUUUUGUGCGCCAAAUGUACCAGACCUCAACACUUACGUUGCAGAUGUUUGUGUCUGCAGGUGGCUUGAGUGUCCUUGUGGAGUUCCUUGAUGAAGAUUACGACAACGCCCGAGACCUGGUGCUUAUUGGCGUCAAUGGCAUCUGGAAUGUCUUUGAACUACAAGGACCUACACCAAAGAAUGACUUCUGCCGGAUUUUCUCGCGAAGCAAGAUUCUGUAUCCCCUUGCUCUCGUUUUGCACCGCGUAUUAGAUGAGGAAGGCGAGGAUGAGCUUGGGGAACUCAUCGAGGGCCGCAUCGUCAACAUCUUUUACCUCUUCAGCCAGGCCGAGAAUUAUGUGAAGGAGGUGGUGGCAGACCGGCAGGUGCUGAAAAGCGUUCUCAAAGAUUUGCGCCGUAUGACUCCUGUGCAUCAAAUCACGAUGCUCAAGUUCAUCAAGAACCUGUCCAUGCUGUCAACAACGAUUGAGACGUUGCAUUCCGCUGAUGCCAUUGAGUUUCUCAUCGAUUUGCUCAGCUACGGCAUGAAGAAGGGGCAGGUUCAUUUUCGUGAUAUCUCAAACCAGGUGCUCAACACUCUAUUCAAUCUCUGCCGUCUGAACAAGGAACGCCAAGAAGACGCUGCUGUCGGCGGCAUCAUUCCACUACUCCUGCGCAUCAUGCGUACAGAUCGACCGCCAAAGGAGUUUGUGCUGCCGAUACUCUGCGACAUGGCACACUCUGGAUCCAAAGGCCGGCGAUAUUUGUGGCAGAACAAGGGUCUCGAAUUCUACGUGUCCCUGCUGACUGACCAAUAUUGGCAGGUGACGGCGCUUGAUGCCAUUCUCGUAUGGCUGCAAGAGGAGACGGCCAACGUGGAGAGCUACCUGAUUGAUGGCAGCUUCACGAGGGCCAUCAUCAGCGGCUUCAAUACCAAUCGUCUCAACUCUUUCGACUCAAAUUUGCUAGAGCCUUUGCUUAAGCUGCUGCGUCUGAGUCCUGGCGUAGCCGCCUCGCUCGCGAAACCCGAAAUGUUUGCUGGUAUCGCGCAACGGUUGGGACACAAAAAGGCUGUCGUCCGUUUGAAUCUAUUGCGUCUUGUGCGCACCAUCAUCGACGCCUGCGACACUGCCCUAGGCAAUGGGGAUGGCACCACAUCGCUCAAUAGCGCCCAGGUACGCUCACUCAUGGAAGUGAUUCAGACUCUGGCCGAAAUCGACUCUGCCGUGCUGGUACGCAACUUGGCAGCAGAGCUCGUGCGAUCGCACCUCGCGGGCCGACCCUCGCCAAGCGCAAUGAUGCGCCAUGACAGCAUCGCCUCUUCGCAAGGCAGCUCCACGUCCUCUUCGCGGCGCUCCGCCACGCGACGCAACACCAGCUAUACGCCUCCCAGCCUCCAGUCGUCCAUUUCAUUUCCCCAGACACCGACGCACCGAAGCCGUGCCAGCCUCGCUGGCAACGCCCUUAUCGAAGUCGCCGCCAGUCCACGUCGCGGCGUCCCCGGCAGCGGUAGUGGUGGCGGAGUGCACAGCGCCCUGGACCGCGACAACCUCCUCUUCCAGCAGUACCGCCCGCGCAGCCGCGACGGCACCAAUCUGCCGCGGCGCGUCAGCGGUGACGCCAGCUCCACCACGAGCAGCCAUGGCAGCAGCGGCGUCAUCAUGCCGCCCUCAUCGUCGUCGUCGUCGUCAGCGGCCAAGAGCCGCCUGCCGCGGACGUCGCUGGCCAGCAUGACGUCUAGGGGUGGCGUCGUCGGCACGGCAGGCAUUCGUGGCGAGCUCGCGCCGCCCAUGGUCGUCCGCAGCGAUAGCAGCACUAGCAACAAGGAAAACGGCGGCACCGCGGCCGCCCGCAUGAUGAUGGCUCCCUGGGGUGCUGCCGCCGCCGUCGCUGGUGCUGGUAGUGGAGCAGCUGGAGCUGGAGCAGGAGGCAGCGGCGCCGGGCGUCGAGAGAGCAUGGCAAGGGAUCCCACGGGAAAGAGACGCGCGCGAGCGCCGAGCGAUGCCAGGUGGUGA